AUGCAGCUUCUGACAUCAUGGGAGAUGGGAAGCUGCGCCCGUCGGUGGAUCCAGGGGUCAAAGUCUGCGGAGUACUUUGCCCCUCUAAAUCUGGAGGUUCACUCUGACCCCCACCAGCAACAACGCCUGUUUGUAGAAUGGGAUUUCAAUGACGGAGUCUACGUUUCUGGUCUGAACGUGAUUUUUCACAUCCAAGUGGCGCGAUCCAGACAAAUGAAUAUUAUUCAUGAAGAAUAUUACAACACAAGCGUAUCUGGAAGUGGUGAGCCCUUCAGCUGGUUGUGGGAUUCCCAGCUGCCUUUAGAAUGUGACUCCCAUUCUUUCCGUAUUCGUAGCGCCGUCUUAAAGGACAGUUUUCCCUCUGAACUGCACUGGAGUGCCUGGAGCCCAUGGAAAACCCAUUAUGGAAAGAACGAGAACAGAACAGAUAUAGUAAUCUACCCCCAUGAGAAAAUUGUUCUAGAGGGUUCGGACGUUACUUUUUGCUGCUUGCCUGGCCUCUCGAGCGUAGUCCAGAAUAUGUUCUAUAAGAAUGAACAGUAUCCCAACAAGUCACAGCAGAUGAAAACAGAGAGUUUUGUGAUUUUGGUGAAAAAUGUAUCGAUGACUCGCUCGGAUGGAGCCAAUGUUGUUUGCCGUGUGGACCCUAUGAGCGUUCGAAAAGGGACCGUCCUCAUUGUUAGCAGGCCACCUACUGAGCCAAAUAAUUUUUCCUGUGAAACAAAUGACUUACAGAGGUUACAUUGCACCUGGCGGCCCGGGCCUAAGUAUAACUUCUAUGGUCCUCUUGCUGAAAAAUACACCUUGCAUGAAUGGGUAUCUGGAAGGUCUGCUUCUUGCUCCAGAGAGAAUUGUACUUGGCCCGUUGCAAGGAACCAGCAAAUCUAUAAUUUUACAUUGAAUGUUAAAAAUAUAUUGGGAGAGAAGAGUAUACAGGCCGUUGUGGAUCUAGCAGAGAGAGUCCGCCCCGUGGCUCCUAUGAAUCUAGUUACAGGAUACAUAAAUGCAACAGAUGCUCGGUUAAUCUGGACUUUGAAGGCCGACUACACAUCUCUUAUACUGCGUUGCCAGACUGAUCUUAAGGGGAGCACAGUGAAUGUGACAGUGAAAGGGAAAACCUCACUGGAGAUGUACAGCAUCAGUCUUCCCCAACUGCAACCAUUCACUAAGUACGACCUGAGAGUGCGCUGCAUGUCGGAGUCAUCAUUAGCAGGGUGGAGCAACUGGAGUGACGCGUUCGUAAUCCAGACACAGGAAGCCGCACCGUCUGCUCCACUUGAUGUUUGGAGAGAAAUUCAUCAUAAUGAAAGUGGACAAACUGUGACACUUUACUGGAAACAUCCUUCAGGUUUCAGCGCCAAUGGAAACAUUUCUCACUAUAAUAUUAAAUGGUGGCCGCUCGGUGGCAAUAUCAUAGCCAACAAAACUAGAGUGUCUGCUCAUCGGAAUAGCUACAGUAUGGACCUUGGAACACAAGCUCACGCCAUCUGCAUCACAGCACAGAAUUCGGCCGGUGUGUCUCCAGCGGCUGAGAUAAAGGUCCCAGGAACAAACGGGAGCAGCAAUACGGAAGUGAACACAGAACGAACACAUGGCAGAGAUGGGGAGAUCAAUGUAACGUGGAGACCAGUUCCUGCUGUGUAUGGCUAUGUGGUGGAGUGGUGCAACUCUCCCAGGUCUCCACACUGUGCUCUUCAAUGGAAAAAGUAUAAUUCUAGCAGCCAAGGAGAUGUCAUUCAUUCUGAGUCAUUUCAGCGUGGCGUUAGAUACAAUUUUAGAAUUUAUGGAUCUAAAGAAGAUGGGGAGCACUUACUGGAGAAGCUGACUGGGUAUACAGAGGAAUUGGUGUCUUCAGAGAAGCCAAAAGUUGUAACUACGAAUAUCGAUGCCAAUUCUCUGUCCCUGGACUGGUCUCCAUAUCCAAUCGAUGAGACUCAAGAAGGAUUUGUGAUGGGCUACACCAUCUAUGUGAAAACUUUAGGAAGGAACUGUGAACUGGAUGCAUCUGAUCGUCAUAUUAUUUUAGAUGGUCUAGAGGUGUGCAGAUUUUUUAUUAAAGACCCAAAAAUAAUGAAUGCCACCAUCCGCCAACUUAAACCAAAUACAGAAUAUCAAGUUGCGGUGGUGGCUGUUACAGGUGGAGGUGAAACCGACAUACAAUUUACUAAAGCUUCCACACAAGCAGAUGCGGGAGCAAUGAUCAUGUCCAUCCUCCUACCUGUGAUCAUAGUGUCAGUACUGGUGGUCAUAUUACUCAUUGCAGGAUGCUGGAAGAGGGCAUGUUUGAAAGAAACAUGUUAUCCGAAUAUUCCCAAACCUAACAAGAGCAAAGUCCUCUCAUUCAGUUCACCAAAGGGACCAGCAUGCGUUAGCAUCCUACCAGACGUAACCAGCAUUCCUCAGGAGGUGGAACGUGUUACUGUUCUGAAGAAGGUGGACAGUGGCCACGACCUGAAAGAAAGUGACCAGCAAACAGAAACGAUGUAUUCCACCAUCCAGAGACCCCCCAAUACUAUCAGUACAGAAACCUCUGAUGCUAUGUACUUUCCUAAUAGCAGUGAACAUGGAAGUCCUCUUAAUCAAACAACAGAGGAGCUUCUAUACAAGCCACAGUCACCCACGUAUCUGGAAUUCUUCAAUGAGAACUACAUUGGUAAUUCAGAGGACUCGUAUGAGGAGAGCUUUGGCUACAGACCUCAGAUUGGAUCCACACAGUUACAUCAAUCUUCUUGUGAGUACCCAACUGGCGGUCAUUCACAGGAUACAGAGUUGGAGCCAGGACAUCAUUUGAGGAUUACAGACUUCUCUGCCAGUGAAAAUGAGCCAGUGAGUCCAACAUCAGUAAACUCCACUUCCUUUAUAUUGAAAGAUUGA